AUGGCUACACAAUCUCCACCUGGCACCGUUGUGGGGACGCAACCGCCCACAUUCACCCAAGAUACCGAGAAGGAUGUCUUGCCCGCAGCCUCUAAGACGAGCGAAUACGCAGAUGCGGAGAAGAACUACAACCCCAAGUCGAUCAAGUUCUGGCUUAUCAUCAUCUCGGUCUAUCUCUCGUUCUUCCUAGUUGCUCUCGAUCGCAUGAUCAUUGCUACUGCUAUACCAGCGAUCACAAACACGUAUGGCUCUAUUACGGAUAUCGGCUGGUACGGCAGCGGCUACAUGCUUACGUGCGCCAUUUUCAAUCCACUCUUUGGAAAGAUAUAUCAGCUGUACGACACGAAAUGGACGUUUCUGGUAUCCAUCUUUAUCUUUGAAGCGGGAAGUGCUUUGUGUGGGGCUGCACCUACUUCUGCCGUUUGUAAGUAA